CAGCAAUGUCGUGUCAUUCUAGUCAAUCUCCACCACUCGCCCAUGUAUAGAAAUGUCUCCGGGCUUGCCGCCAGGACGAGGUGAACGGAAGGCGUCGCUACCACUUACGUGAGGAGGAGGAACUUACGACUUCAAACCACCACAAUGCCGCCCACCAUGGUACCUCGCCCCGAAGAGGAACAAGAAGAAGAAACCGACCCUCGCUACGACGACACAGAUAUCUCAACCCUCCCCUUCACCUCGCACCCCGCCUACGGCCGCGGUCUCUGGAAGAAACCCAUUGCCUUCGUACCCGGCGCUUCUUCCACUACUCCCGUACCCUCGAAGCCCGCAGACGGACAAUCGAUAGCGCAAAAGUACCUCGCCAUCAUGUUCCCGAACGGCCAACCCCUCCCAGAGCCAGACGCCUACCCGCUCUGCGGUAUCUGCGGCGAGCCUGUCAAAGAGGCAGAUCACCGAAUCCAUUUCCUCAGCUCGUCGCACCAAGCUGCCCUACCGCGUGCACCGGUGCCAAGCGCGAUCGAUCGCACGAGAAUGGGGCUGAAGUACAUGCAAAGUUUUGGCUGGGAUGUGGACGCCAGAGUAGGGCUGGGAGCGAAUGGGGAUGGUAUGCUGUUCCCGCUUGUGCCGAAGGAGAAGAGGGAUAAGCUGGGGUUGGGGAUCGAUAAGAAGGAUGAAGAGAGGAGGAAGGGGCUGAUGAGCGGCAGAGGGGUUGCGAAACAGGGAGAGAUUAGGCUGGAUGCGGGGAAGAUACACAAGUUGGCGAAGGUGGAGAAAAGGAAACAUGAUAAGCUGCAGAGGAUGUUCUAUGGGAAUGAUGAGGUUGAGAAGUAUUUGGGGGAGCUGGGCGGUUGAAAAAGUCCAGGAAGGUUGACAGAAACGAACUUGCGGGUUGGUCGACGUACAUAGCGAGAGGGCUACUUGUGAUACCCAAUAGAUCGAUUGAUACAAGUGCUUCAUACAGUGGUUCUCUCACAUUUGGGCUGAAUGACAGGCCGUUCGUUUGGAAGCGAAAACAGG